ACACCAUCGCCGAAUCAGCUGAUCGCCAGACCAUGUGUGCAACCAUUUGUAGCAAUUAAAAAACAAUUGAAUUGAUAUCUGGACAAACAACGUUUCUAGCAGUUGUGCAAGUUUCUGUUGUGAAAUGGAUGCAUUUUUGCGUGUGACAGACAGUGCAAAUUUAUCAAAUUCGCCGUCAAGUUCUUUUAUUGCGGAAGAUAAUGCGUCCAUAUGUCCGUUGAUUACCCCAUCACCCCCCACAAAUGAUCUGAUCAACCCUCCCCCAGAGCCCGUAUCUCCAGCUUUUAGCAUUGGAGAAGAAUUAGCGAAUAAACUUGCAGAUGUUCAAGAUGAUGAUAACCCUGCAGGCGAUUCAGCAUCAUCAAGCUCAUCCGCGUUAGCUGAACCUGCAUGUACUCAACUUUUAAACCACCGAAAUGUUUACCAUCAUAUUACAAAAGAUGAAGACACAGCAAUUCAAGAAACUAAUGGAAAAACACAAGCCCUCCAACUCACGUUUAGGAAUCCUCCUGAGGACUAUUUCUUCAUGUCCUGGAACUGGCCCUUAAUACGCACAGUAUCCCUAUACCUAUUCCUUUCCGGUUUGGUUGCUAUGUUAGCUCUAGUAAUAGCUAUGAUAUCGACUUUACCGAAAGUAUGCAACCCUCCUGUAGAAUGGUACCAAGGCUCAGUAUUCUACGAAAUAUUCCCUGCAAGUUUCAACAUUGAAAAGGAGCAAGUGGGGACAUUCAAAGGAAUAUCACAGCAAUGUGAUUAUAUUAAGAGUUUAGGAGUGAAGGCUAUAAGAUUAAAUUCCAUUUUUAACACCCCUAAUUAUCCAGAGGAUUAUGAGAAUAUUACGAACUUAUUGGAUAUUGCUCCUGUUUUGGGUACGAAAGAUGACUUUCAGAAGAUGGUGAGGUAUUUGGAUUCAAGAAACAUUUCUGUUAUAUUAGAUCUUCCAUUGUAUCCUCUAUAUAAAAAGCUCCCUAAUAUGGUUAUCAACAACAAAAACAACGAGACUUUCUUGGUGCAAGACCACAAUGACAUCGAAAAAGCUUUAUACCACUGGAAAAACCUCAACGUCAAAGGAUUUUAUUUAAAAGGCCUGGAACAUUUCGUGGACGAUCCUAAUUUGCACACUUCUUUAAGGUUAUGGAAGAAAAUCAUAGGUCCCGAAAAAAUCUUUAUUAUAAGCCAUGAAUUCGUCAGUACAAUGCCGGAGGAGAAAGCUAACAUUGUCUGGAACAACAUUGAUUUAAUUGAUGUUAAACUUAGAAUAGAAGAAGGCGUAGUUUCAAUCACAAAACAAAUAGGUCUCAUCCAAAACAGCACACUAUUCACUAAACGCGGCAUGCCUUGGGUGCAUUGGUCGUUGGGCAACGUUGACUCCAAUCGCAUUGCCAAUAUUCUGUCACCCUUUGGUAAUGGUACGUUGGGCGCCACCAUUCUACAAUUUAUCCUACCAGGUACACAAUCGCUAUUUUACGGCGAUGAGAUCGGUUUGAGAUCUGUAAAAGAUGCAGAAAAUGACAAACAAGAUUUGAAGCACUUGCAUCAUUUAACCUGCAUGCCAUGGCCAAACAAAAAAUCCAAAAUACUUCCUUGGAUGCCAAGCGAUCAGAACACUUUCGCCUUCGAUCAAGUGAACGUCAUCGCCAAAAUGAUUAAGCUUCGAUCGGAAUCUCCCUCUAUUUAUAUGAAUUCAGUUGUUAAAGAUGGCGAAAAUAGGAACACCGCAGAGGUGAAAUACUCGAAAGACGACUUUUUGGUUAUUCAAAGAUGGUAUCCUAGAAGGAAAUCAUAUGUUGUUGCUAGCAAUUUAGGGAUUAAACAGAUGACAGUAGAUCUAUCAACAUUGUUAUACAGUGGAGAAGUUGUCGUCGGUCCUACAAGUAGCUCCUUGCCAAAUACAAUUUCUUUCAAAAAUAUUUCACUCUGGCCUGGGGAAUCAGUUGUCAUUGUGCUUGACUAAAUGUGUUACAUGCGUAUAUUGUUUGAGUUAAUUAAUAAAGUUAAUACUAUUGUAA